AUGAAUGUGGAUUUUAAACAUACGAUUAAACGUAAACAUUUUAAUAAUCAUACUAACAAGUUUAGUAAGAAUAAUUUAAAACCAAAUCACAAUUUCGACCCAAUAUGGGAGACAAACUUACAAACUACCACAACUAUUGAUGGAAACAUAAGCACAGAGUUAUCAGAAAGUAGAGAAACUGAAAAUGAACCUGAUCAAGUUAAAAGUAGUGAUAUGAUCAACAGCAUUCCAUUUCUAAUAAAUUUGCCUAAUACAUUAUUACCUAAUGCCAUCGGUUGUGUAGAAUACGUAGAAAAUUGCACUUUAUACUGCAUAGAUGGUAGUGUCAGUUAUAUCGAUGAUGAUUUAGAUAUUUUACAAAGCAAAUGUAAUAAUAUCGAUUUAAGUUUAAUUGUGGAAAAAUGUGAAUUUGUUUCGGGUAUUUUACAACAGUCGUUCUUUUUUGGUGAUUUCUCAUUGGGAUAUUUUUCCAUAAUUGAAUGCAAUUUGCAGACAAUUAAAGCAGCCACUUUCAAACAUAAUAAUGCUAAAAAUAUACAAACUUUAAUAUUGAGAAAUAAUCAAUUGAUAACUUUGGAUGAAGGCUGUUUUGAUGGUUUAACUAAUUUAGUAAAUUUUGAAUUUGUACAAAUGCCUGUAAAUGAGGUAUUUAAGGGAAAGUUGUUUCUUAAACCAUUGGCAAAUAGUCUAAAGAAAGCUGUUAUACAACCGGCUAUAAAUAGCAGUGAUGUAAUGGAUCCUUUGGUAUGGUGGUUGGAUUUAAAAAUGAUUUCCUUAACGAAUUUAGAUUUAAGUAAUACUAAUCUGCAAGGACCUUUAAAACUAAAUACCUUUCAAGCUUUUGAGUCAUUGGAGUAUUUGUUAUUAUAUAACUGUAACUUGCAUAGUAUUACAGCGCCCGUAUUUGAUUUUAUUGUUGACACCCUAAAAUACAUCGAUUUACGUUACAAUCAUUUGCAAACUUUAGAUUCCAUAUUUUUACAAAAGUUUACACUCGCUCACAUAGAAAUGGUUCUAAGUCCAAAUGAUUGGAAUUGUGAGUGUGACAAUGAAAUGUUGCAAUAUUUUUUAGAAAAUGAUAGUAAAUUAGCUAAAGAUAUAGUGUGUAAAGCUCCGGAAAAAUGGCAUGAAAUGGAAUUGAUAAAGGUGGUAACUGAAUGCAAGGAAAGCGAUACAACCACAGCUAAUAGUAAUGGUGGAACAUACUCCAUGAUACCACCAAUUACAACAACUGUUAUAACUACAAUUUCUACCACUUAUAUCACAACAACAAACUACCCCAUUAGCACUGAAGAUACAAACGAUGCAACCACUCAUCCAACUACAAGUGCUACACCAACAAUCGGGAACCCCACCACUAUUACUACAAGUACCACUUCAAAAAUACCUUCUUAUCUUAUUUCACUUAAAUGCUAUUCGAAUAUUGAGGAAGAAGGAACGAAAUAUGUCAUCAAGCCAAAUGCAAAUUUCUCUAUAUUUGACAACUCCUCUAACAGUGUUCAGAUAAAUAUAGAGGUAACAGCCUUACUCCAAGACUUCUUAAUACUGUAUUUUACCAACUCUAGCGAUAACAAGACUGUGGCCGAAACACUUGACAAGGAAGCAGCAUCAAGCAAUAUCACAGUCAUUAUAAAUGAUUUAAAACCUUCCAGCUCGUAUAUAUUUUGUUUGAUAAAGCUAACAGCUGUAGCAAUAUCACCCUUUGAUUGUCUGGGUCAUUACAUCAAAGGUUCUGAAGCUAAUACAUCUUGGCUGCUAACACCAGAUAAAGUUUGGUUCAUUACCUCUUCUACAGUAAUAGCUUUACUACUAUUUAUUGUAGCUAUAGCUUUAGUCUACAUACUACUACGUCAAAAUCCUCACUGGCUUUUACAACAACGUAAUGCUAGAAUAUUGCCCAUACAUAAUAGUAAACGUAAAGUUUUGUUAGUAUCUAAAAAAUCUUGUUUUGGAUAUAUAAGUCCCAAUCUGUCACCCGUAUCUCAAAGGUCAUCAAAUUAUUUAAAAUCCUUACCACCCAUACAGGAAACUAAUAACUACGAUAUCGAAAAUUCGCUAUAUUCUUCUCAACUUACAGCGCCCACGAUGAGUGCUCCAAUUUUACCGCCUUUACAUCAGCCACCUAAAGCCCAAAUUUCAAGGAAAUGUACCAAUACUUCCUAUUCUCCGCUAACCAAAUGUAGACGUUUGCCGAGAGGUUCCUCACAAAAUAGAAACUAUUUGAAUGUUAUAGAAGAUGAUCCCGAAUAUCAAACAAUUGAUCAUUAUGAAACAGUAAAUUGAGAACAAUUUAUGUUUUUUUCGAAUAUUUUUUUUCUUACGUAUUGUAUUUAUUAUGAUUUAUGCAUUAUUAUCGCUUUGUAAAG